UAUCAAUAUAUUAACAUCCCUGACGCUGGGUUGUGUUGUUGUGCAAUUUUUUGAGAUUUAUUUUUCUCGUUUUUAAAAGUAUUUUAAGAUGGAAACGAUCAAUUUAGAUGGUCCCCAUAGCGUUAAGCCUUUGCCCCAACGACAGCAGAGAGGCAACCAACCGGCCAAUAAAGGCAAUAUUGGCAAGCACGGGGCUCCUAAACAAAAUGUUGGCCCCGAUGGCAGUCCAGCAGAAAAGAAGGCACGAUUCGGCUUGAACCAAAAUGGCCGCCCCGCCGGUGGCGUCGCUGCCGGUGGCCAGAAUCAGAACAAGAAUUUCGGAAAUAAGGAUGGAUUCGGCGGCAAUCGCAAUCGCCGCGGAGGAAACCAAAAUAGACAAAAUGUUCAGGGUCCGAAUAAUGCAAACCAAAAGUCUACUACUAAUGAAGCAGCGAAGCCGGAAGCCGGAAAUGUCGCUGAAAAUGUUAAUGAAUCUGUGGCUGCAACUCAGCAGCCAGCCCCCAAUGCAAACCAAGGUCCAGGGCAGGUUCAAGGACAAGGGCAAGGUGGUUUCCGCGGUGGUCCUCGCGGUGGCGGCCCCGGCGUCGGUGGCAAUAACCAAGCAGGUGGCGGCAACCAUCCAGGAGGUGGUAACAAUCAUCCAGGAGGAGGUAACAAUCAUCCAGGAGGUGGUAACAAUCAUCCAGGAGGAGGUAACAAUCAUCCAGGAGUUGGUGGCAAUUACCAGGGAGGCGGAGGUGUACGCGCCCAGCAACAGCAGCGUGAUCGCGGCAAUCGCGGUGGCGGCGGUCAACGGUCGGGAGGUGGUCAAGGGGGGCCCAACAUGAGCAUGAUGGGCGGUAUAGGUGGCGGUCCACGCGGUGGUGGAGGAGGCGGGGAUGAUUUCUUUAUUGCCCAACGUCUGCGGGCCAUUGCUGGGCCUACACUGGAGCUGCCACCCGUGGAGGUGCCCGAGGAGACCAAAUUCUCUGGCCGCAAUCGUCUGUAUGUGGGCAAUCUUACCGGCGACAUCACCGACAAUGAGUUGCGCGAAAUGUUCAAGCCCUAUGGGGAGAUUGGCGAAAUCUUCUCCAACAUUGAGAAGAACUUCACAUUUCUUAAGGUCGAUUACCAUGUGAAUGCUGAGAAAGCCAAGCGCGCCUUGGACGGUACCAUGCGCAAGGGUCGCCAGCUACGCGUCCGUUUCGCACCCAAUGCAACCAUCUUGCGCGUAAGGAACCUCACACCGUUCGUGUCCAACGAGUUGUUGUACAAAUCUUUCGAGAUAUUCGGCCCCAUCGAACGGGCCAGCAUAACCGUCGACGAUCGCGGCAAACAUACGGGCGAGGGUAUCGUUGAGUUCGCCAAGAAGUCCUCGGCCAACGCCUGUCUGCGUUUCUGCAAUGAGAAGUGCUUCUUUUUGACGGCCUCACUGCGCCCCUGCCUGGUGGAGCCCAUGGAGGUGAAUGACGACAACGAUGGGCUGCCCGAGAAGGCCCUCAACAAGAAGCUGCAGGAGUUCAAUCAGGAGCGCAGCGUCGGCCCGCGCUUUGCCGAUCUCAAUUCGUUUGAGCACGAGUACGGCUCCCGCUGGAAGCAGCUGCACGAUCUGUACAAGAGCAAGCAGGAUACCCUUAAGCGUGAGCUCAAAAUGGAAGAGGAAAAGCUGGAUGCUCAGAUGCAGUACGCUCGAUAUGAGCAAGAGACUGAGCUCCUGCGUCAAGAGCUGAGAAAGCGCGAAGUGGACAAUGAGCGCAAGAAGAUAGAGUGGGAAAUGCGCGAGAAGCAGGCCGAGGAAAUGCGCAAGCGCGACGAGGACACUAUGCGUCGCCAUCAAACCGAGAUGCAGACACGCAUGGCGCGCCAGGAGGAGGAUAUGCGCCGACGCCAGCAGGAGAACACAUUGUUCAUACAGGCACAGCAACUUAAUUCGCUGCUCGACCAGCAGGAGGGCUUCGUCGGCAAUGGCGGUGGCGGCAACAACUCCAGCUUCGACAACUUUGGAGGCAACAGCAAUUCGCCCUUUGAAGUUUUUAGAGGAAACAAUAACAACUCAACCAUGACUGGAAAUAACUCUGGCCCGGGCGGACCCAACAAACAGGACUCGUUCGCUUUUGAAUUUGGCGGUAACAAUAUGAACCAAGGCGGCAAUCAGCGUGGAAAUAAUGUUGGAGGAAAUAAUGCCCCAUGGGGACGACGUCGUUUUUAGGACAAAAACACUACUGGAUUAAUCAUAUAUACAAAAAGCUUAUGAUAUAGUUAAACACUUGACUUGUUCGCUCCUUUCGCGAGUGAAACAAAUAACACAUGAACUCUGUAUCUCUUUAAUGAACUAAAAUUUUAAAUAUGCUAUGAUUUAAAUAUUGUCACGAUUCCCAAACAAACAAAAAAUCCAAUACAUUAGCGAUAACCAAGAUAGGGAAGAAAUGCAUGCAACAAGAGAAACAGUAUUCCCAUCAAAUCUUAACCAUUAUGUACAUAUAUUUAAUCAUAGGAUAAUUUUAGAGAUAUAAAGUGAAUAUAUUCUGCAGUAUGUCUAGCUUUCUUUUUUGCGUGUCACUCGAUUAAAAUAUAUAAAGAUAUACAUGUAA